UUUGUGAGCCAUUCUCUGCAUUCGUAUUAAUGAAUUGAGUGAGUUAACAACGUUUUGAAAUUAAUUUCGCAUUUCGGUGAAAAUUUAUUGAGGAAAAUACAACCAAUAAAAUUAACAAUUGCAAAAUUGUUAACAAUAACGGAAAUCUGUCGAAAGUUACACAUUUUCAGAUUUCACAACGUUUUCAGCAGUGAAAAAGCGGGAAGACGCGACGCUAUUCACGACCUUGUGAAGUUCGACAACGAAGUUAGACUUUUCUGUGGCGAAAAAGCAUUCAGUAAAAUAUUUGUUCAAAAGAGCUAAUCUUAUACAACAAAGUAACACGUUUGAAAAAGCAAAAAGGUGUACGAAAAACAAUUAACACAAACUUACCUGCUAUUGAAAAUUUCUUGUUAACGCCCCUUCUUCGACGCGGAGGUGGUUCAGUUGGUCGAUACGAAGAAUAUCGUGCUGCCAUUUCUAUUUCACAUUACAGUGAAAAAAGUCGGGUCGGUUAUCUGGUAGACAAGUAGAGACGAAAAAUUUAUCAGCAACUUGAAAUUUGCGAUUAAACAUGAAAUUUGUUGCAACAACAAAGGCCCAACUACAACAACAUGCGAAGCAUUACUCAUUGAAAUUUACUGAAGCUGAGCAAGAAUCGAAACGUAUAAAUAAUUUACACGCGGUCAACUUGGGAACAUUGAACAACGUGAGUUUGUGUGGUGCAGUGAAAUUUGCGAAAGUAAAAAAUCAACAACUACAAAUAAACGAAUAUAAAAAAAUUUCUACUAUUUUUAAAAAUUGGAAGAAUCAAAACUUUUGCAUAGCUGCGUCUUGAUUAAGUACGACUUUCAUAAAUUUUACCCCAUCCAAAUUAAUUGGAUUUCAAACCCCAAAACCUAUCAACCUUGGAAAAUAAAUUAAAAAUUAAACAAACACUCUUGGACAACAACAUUAAACAAAUUUAUGAACACAAAUAAAUAAUCAGAAAAAAAAUCGCAAAAAUUAAAAAAAAUUAGCAACAAAAAGUGUUUAAAAGUGAGCGUUAGUGAAAAAUAUCCUAAAUACAAAAAUUGACAACGAAAUUUAUUAAUUUAUCUUUGAAAUUUCAUAAAUUACCUAAACAAAUUUAAGAGAAGCGUAAAAAGUAUUGUGAAAGCAGAGCGCCAAAAUACCUCGUGCUGUUCUGUCACCCAAAGAGUCAACUCGAAUCUUUUGUAGCCGUUAGUUCAUCAUUGUUCACGCUUUGUGCUUCUCCUCCUUGGUGGAAACAAGCGAAGAAGCAUCGAAAAACGUGCGCACCAGUACCAUUAAAAAAGAUAUACAAGAGUAUAUACAGUUGCAACAACAAGAAGCAGCACACAUCAUAGAAAAGCCAGGUACAACAGCCGAUAGUAAGUUGGCUGCAUUGCUGUCGUCAGAUCCGGCAUUUGAAUUUACAUCCGUAUUCGUGUUAACGUCUAAGGAUAAAGAGCAGUGUACUUGUGCAAAUACGACGGGUACAUCAACCGGUAGUGCAAUUUCCACAUUCUCUACGACGGCGUCUUUGUGCUCAUUCAAAAUUUCUGCUAUCUCGCCUAAAUCUAAACGUAAGACGUCUAAUAAAGACAAGAAGAUGUCGCGCCGCAACAAGAAGGGAGGCAAAGGCCGCAACGGUGACUCCAACUCUGAGGAUGAGUCAUUCAACGAUAAUGCUAGCGUGUAUUCUUUUGUUUCCGAGAACGCACCCUCAUCCAUAAAUGACAUGGACGAGCUCUCGUCUAAUGAACGUUUCGAGGAAAAAUUCAUGCAAGCACUAGAAAAUGCCACUGAGAAAUCGGCACAGACACGCACUCAAGCUUUGCAAAGCAUCUGUGAAAUUCUGAUGCAUCGCUAUAUGCCCGACUUUGUCGACGAUCGCAAGGUAACAUUGAUCGAUUGUAUUGAAAAGUCAAUACGACGUGGCAAAGGCGCAGAACAGUCAUGCGCCGCACGCUUGGCUCCCUUGGUGGUGUUGCAAUUGGGUGGUGAUGUUGAAAUUUCUAAGGAAUUGAAUCAGUGCCUAUUGACCACCGUGCAGGAUAAGGCUGUUUCAUUUGAUGCGCGCGCCAAAUGUUGCACUGCACUGGGACUGCUUAAUUUCCUCGGUGGUGAAGACAUUGGUGAUCUACUCACCUUAAUGCAAUUUUUCGAAGGCAUUUUCAGUGCCAGCUACUUGCGUGGAGAUGAAAAGUCGCCCAUCUCGGUGAAUGCCGAAGCUGGCGCCUUGCAUGCCGAAGCAUUAUCAGCUUGGGGAUUAUUAUUGACGCUCAUACCAUCCGGUGAUUUCGUUUCACUCAUGACCAAUGGACAGCCGAUGCUGCCUUCGGUGAAAAAAUUGAUGGGUUUGUUGCAAUCACCUCAUUUAGAUGUGCGCAUAGCAGCUGGUGAAACAUUAGCACUGAUACUCGAGUGUGGGCGUGCACAUGAUAAAGACUUUUUGGAAGAUUAUUUGGGUGAUCUGAUCGAUGCUGUUAAGCAGUUAGCUACUGAUUCACAUAAAUAUCGCGCUAAGCGUGAUCGCAAAGCUCAACGCGCAACAUUCCGUGACGUGCUGCACUAUAUGGAGGAGGAUACAUCACCUGAAAUCAAUAUUCGCUUUGGCUCUGAAUGCCUUCUUCUGGACUCUUGGGCCAUUCAUCAUCAAUAUUCGGCGCUGUGCACCAUAAUGGGCCCGGGCAUGACCUCACAGCUGCAGGAAAACGAUUUCAUACGCGAUAUCUUUCAAUUGGGUGCUAAACUCGUCGACGAUGGGCACAACAAAACUAAACAGUCCAAAUUGGAGCGCCAUUUAUUAAACGCAGCCGCAUUCAAGGCACGCACAAUAACGCGUGGCAAAAAUCGGGACAAACGCUAUAGUUACAAUUAUUAAAGUAGUUAAGUUGCUAGAGAAAAUAGAGAAAAGUUAAAUUUAAAUUAUGAAAUAAAAAAAGAUUUUUGGAGUUCGCAUAGCGAAAACUGCGGAGUGCUGAAGAGGAAUCAAGGAGCAGCAAGCAAACGUAGUAGGAGCUGAGAAACUAACCAGUUGUAUAUAUGCGGAAAAGGAAAAAUCUGUGUCCUAAAAUGCAACAAUAUUGGCAGCCAACUUUUGCUACACUGUUGCAGCUUCUGAUGUGGGAUUUUUUGCUUUCGCAUGCCAACAACGCUGACUUCUCAGUUGGGGGACGCAAGUGCGCAACUCUUUUGACAUUUUUUCCCAUUUAGAACGAAAGAUGAUUUGUUGAAUUUUUGUGUACUUUUCAUUUGCGCUCAUCUUUUAUUCGGAUUUUUUGCAACGAAUUCUUGUACACGAUAUUUAUGCAAAUCUUACAAUUAUUUUUAAUUUAUGUAGCAAUUUUACUAUACGAUGAAAAGCAGAGGGGGAAAAUGUAACAUACCACAAACAACAAACAAUAUAUAUCUAAAUGUAAUACAAAUGCUAGUUGAAAUUUAUUUAGUUUUUAAACAUACCUACAAACAAUUGCAGCAAGAACUCUUAACGUUAAACUUUUGUUAAAUUCCACAAGUACAUCAAUAAAUAUACAUUUAAUUUUACCUAUUUCUACUAGUAGAUAAUAUUUUGAAUUUUUAUAUCUACAUACAUUUUUUUUAAUAUUUUGUUGCUGAAUUAAUUAUUAAAUAAACCGCUAAAAUAAAAAUGAUUAAUGAAAUGUUAAGCAAACUAAAUAUACUGAAGCAUAUGUAUCUAUAGUAUAAGCACAAGUGUGAGCGCCAUUGUGGCGUGGCAUAAGCUUUGCUUAGACGGGACGCGUAUAAACGUAAAUUAUUAUUAAUACGAGUAGCCCAUAUUUAAUUGUAAGUAAAUAAAGUUGUAAGGUAACCCAAUGUAUCACUGAUGCUGGAUUUAAAUUUGUCAGCAGCGUUUUUGUGCAGUAGAACGAACAGACUGUUGUUGUUUUAGCAUAGCCAUGUUGUAUGAAGUACUGCAACAGCACAGAAAAGUGAAAUAAUUAAUCGAGGAGGUUAUAUUAUUUGUACGCGCUUUCAUUACGCGCUCCACUUUGUUAAGUUUUUUAUUUUAAAAUAUUAUUAGGUGAUGCUAUUCGCAAGCCUCUGUAAAAUUACGAAAUUCUCUCGAACCUCUUUGCAGCUUGCAGAAAUUUGAACUACACCAAUAGUAGAGUAUAAUAAAUUUUGCUUCUUUUUUUACGAUUAUUUUUUUAACAACAUUAAAAAAAAUUUGUUUGCUUCUCUACGAAAUGUUUUUUUUAGAUUUAACUUGAAGGGCGUUAGACACUUUUUUUCUUGCUUUUUUCGUCCUUUUUAAAAGUUUAUAACCAUAAAUCGAUAGAACAUUAAAUUUUAGGAAGUUACCUGAAAGUUGAAAUCGUUAGCUAUAAUAGAAAUAUGUUAAAUUCACGUCCAAAGUCGGAAAAGUCUGGUCAGACCAAAAUUAAUAGCGAAAAAAUAUUAAAAACGAAAAGCGUAAAUAUUUUUUUAAGUGAAUUAGAAAUUGUCUACUAACAAAUUUUUUUGUCCACGCUACGUUAAUUAAGGUAACUUUAUAAGCACAUAAAUGACUCAUCAUGUAAAUAACUCCGAAGAGUAUGACUUGUUUAGAGCGAGCGUAAUGGUGUAGUAAGCCCUUUUCCAUUUAACUGUAGUAGUUAUUAAAAAUAUGCCCUUACAUGGCUGGCAGAGAUGGCAUUCAAUCACUGCUCCUGUGGCAUAGGGCCUCAUUCGCUCAGGCACUCCUUAUUUUGUCAAUGAAAAUGGUUUCCUAAUGCACUCUUCACUUCAUUUGAAUUCUGCAAAAUAGUGCGUCCAUUAAACCGCUAUGUGAUCUUGGUGGAUUCAUUUAUAUGGUAUAUGUCGAUCUCACGCUUAAAUAAAUUAAUGCAGGCUUAAGAACUAAUGUUACCAAAACCAAAUUAAUCAGAUAAUCCAUGUAAAUCCGGUUAUUUUGCCAGUUAAUAGAAUACAGUGCAUCUCUGAUUCCCAAUUUGUCGUAUGACGUAUAGAAAAAAUGUUAAAUAUCGCUGCUAUCGCCACGGAAAAGUAAAAAAAAAAAAAUGCAAGGAAAGCAUUAGUUAUCAUAGGUCCAGAGACAUGUUGUUUUUUUAAUUCGUUGUUCAGUAUUUUUCAUGGUCUAUUUUAACACUGACUUCCAAUUUUACGUAUGAUUUCUUGUGACGUAUAGAAAAGACGAUGAACAUCUCUGUUAUCGCCAUACAAAAGUAAAAAAAAAACACUGUAAGGAAAACCUUUGCCCUUGAACAGAAUUGCAGCGGACAGUAGGUAACGCAUUGG